CAGCCCCUUUUUCCCGCCCUCCCGUUGUGCGCACACCCGGACUCUUUCCACCUCCCCUCCUUCUGUUUGGCAGGAUCAGUGCGCGUUGCGCUUGCCGGUCCUAUUAGGUUGUGUGUGUGUGUGAGGUGAAGCUAACAGCCGCUGCCGCCUCAGCCCCCCCCAGCGGCCGCUGUGCGUGUGUGACAGGGGGGAGGGAGGGGGGUUCUGUACUGAAGGGAGGGGACGGCUCCUCUGGUCCGGUGAGGUGACGGCUCCUCUGGUUCGGUGAGGUGACGGUGUGUGUCUAUACGGUGUGCCGGCGACGGAGCAGCCCCCCGGGGGACGAUGAGCAUCGAGAUCCCGCCCGGCCUGACGGAGUUGCUGCAGGGUUAUACGGUGGAGGUUCUACGCCAGAGACCGCACGAUCUGGUCGAUUUCGCCGUACACUACUUCACCCGGCUCCAGGAGAAGCGGCUGCAGGAUGGCGCCGGGGCUGCCGCAGAUCAACGGCCUCGUUGCCGCGGGGUCAACUUUGACGGGGAGCCCAUGCAGACCGAGUCCAACGGGGACGAAGAGGAGGAGGAGGAGGACGACGAGGAGGACGAUGACUCUGACUUUGAACCUCCAGUCAUCAAUCGAUACAGCAGAAGAGUAUCAGUUUGUGCUGAAGCCUUUAACCCAGAUGAAGACGAGGAGGACACAGAACCCCGGGUAGUUCAUCCGAAAACGGAUGAGCAGAGAUGUAGAUUACAGGAAGCUUGUAAGGAUAUUCUUCUCUUUAAAAAUCUUGACCAGGAACAGCUCUCUCAGGUUCUUGAUGCAAUGUUUGAACGGAGAGUAGAACCUCAGGAACAUGUUAUCGACCAGGGGGAUGAUGGAGAUAACUUCUAUGUCAUUGAACGGGGGCAGUAUGACAUUUUCGUUUCUAGAGAUGGACAGUCCCGCUGUGUGGGCAGCUAUGAUAAUCAUGGCAGUUUCGGUGAGCUGGCCUUGAUGUACAACACUCCUAGGGCUGCAACUAUUGCAGCCACAUCUGAUGGAGCACUGUGGGGACUGGACCGAGUCACUUUCAGAAGAAUAAUUCUGAAAAACAAUGCCAAAAAAAGGAAGAUGUUUGAGAUCUUUGUAGAAUCUGUACCUAUUCUAAAGUCAUUAGAGCCUUCUGAGCGAAUGAAAAUUGUUGAUGUAAUAGGUGAAAAGAUUUAUAAGGAUGGAGACCGCAUUAUUGCACAGGGCGACAAAGCAGACUGCUUCUAUAUUGUUGGAUCAGGCGAAGUAAAAAUAAUGAUGAAAAGCAAGACAAAGGCUGGCCAAGAAAGCAACCAAGAGGUGGAGAUCACUCGGUGUAAGAAAGGACAGUAUUUUGGUGAACUUGCACUUGUUACCAAUAAGCCCCGAGCUGCCUCUGCGUAUGCUGUAGACGACGUCAAGUGUUUAGUUAUGGAUGUGCAAGCCUUUGAGCGAUUGCUGGGCCCAUGCAUGGACAUUAUGAAGAGAAACAUCACACAUUACGAGGAGCAGCUGGUGGCUUUAUUUGGUUCUAGUAUGGACCUUAGAGAUCCAGGAAAGUAGGCACCUUGUUACCUUAGUGCCUUCUCUGUUCAAGACACAGACGCGAGCCUCCUGUCAGCUAUACAACACACAAGGGACGAAGAGUGCCACAAUGGAGCAGUCACUGCUGCUGUUGUCUUGGGCAAUUUUUUUUUUUUUUCUCCUUUUUUUUUUUUUAAUUUUAGGAAAAAAAAUUACAAAUGGAAGAAUUCAGCACCAGAGGCCGGGCUAAAAAUCCAAAUUGCGCAAUCAUUUUGCUGCUGAGAUCCCACUAUUAGACCAUCUAUAAACGUGCCUUUUAUUAUAAGAAAUACUGCCCUCCAGAUUGGCAGAUUAGAAUCCCAGACUAGCAAACACCCUGUAAAUCCCCCACUCUGCUUCUCGGCGUCCCUGUAUGGCUGUUAGGUUUAUUUAUGCUUGGCUUUGUGGUUUUCUAAGUUUUAUGAGUCCCCCUUCCCAGCCAGCUUGAUACGAAUAUGUCCAGUUCUAAUGGGUAACUUCGCUAUGGCUCUCUACCAGCCCUGUGUAUUAAUGGCUCUUUAUGAUAAAUGCUGAAAUAAUCAUCUCUGAGCGCUUUUUUUUUCUUUUGAAAUUUUAAGUCAGCAUUUUAGUAAACUCCCAAAGGGCCAGAAACGUUCACAUAAGAGAACUGGCUUUUUUUAAAAUAAAAUGUGAAUAGUGAUCUUGUCGGCUGUGUAUAUGUAAACUAGCUGCUUGGACAUUGUCCUACAGCCACAACUGACGUGAACUUUGGGUGGCCAUUUGAGUUUGUGUUACUUGGUGGGGUUCCUGCAUUCCAGUAGAGCGUACUGAUGUCUCUGUUCAUCUUUCAGAGGUUGCUGUACAUGUUUUAGAACACUUUUUUAACUUGAAAAUAUUUAUUUAAAUGAGAUUAAUAGUCCCCUCCUCGCACUUUGUUUUCUUCCCGGUUUUCAUACGGUACUCAUUUUAUCUGGCAGGAUUUGUUACUAGGCCUCCACAGCAUUCCUUUUUGUUCCCUUUGGGGUAAAUAUUAUAGUUUUUUCUUACAAAUAAUUGCCAUCACACUGUUCAGUAUUUCUAAAAAAGCUUAUUUCCUCCUUUCAACACCUGUUGCUCAGUGUGGGUCUGCUUGUUCUUGUUUUCCUAAGGAGAUUAUCACUGGUUACUUGUGGAUUGUGUUUUUACGUUCUGCUAUAGAUCUUCAGUAAGACUUGAAUAACACAGGUACUGAAUAGUCACUGUUUUAUUCACAACUAAAAUCAAGGUGGAAAAGGUUUCUACUGGCUCCUAGAGAUGAUUUUUGUUCCACUCAUUUGACAAUUAGACAUUGUGGGUGAAUUACAUGACCGUCUACAUGUGGUAGGUUCAUGUAUAUUUCUAAAGCUGAUUCAAUAAUAGGGAAAAGUAGGGAGACAUUUCCCUGUUUUCCUACUCUCCUCUGUCAGGAUCACUCCCUCCUCAUGUUUCUGAGCUGCCUGACUGCAUUUUACAAUUUCCCCCUAGUGCCUUAUGCAGACUCUUAUGAGCCUUUUCAUUCAUAUGUUAGGCUUCUUCAGGAUUUAACCUAGGUAGCAACUAAGAGCCAGCCACCUAGUGCAUGUAGUACUGAAAAUGCAGUCCUGGAGCUUAGGACUCCUGCAUACUGUUUGUAAGAACCCAUGACAAUACGUUACAUGGGGCUCCUGGGCUACAACACACUGUCUAAUAGUGAAAACUGUGAAUUCAGACAGGAAUAAUGCCAUGUAACACUUAUUGUCAUCUAUAGAUAAAACAAAACAGAAUAUCUAUCUGUGGACACAUUAGACUAGGAUUUACCAGCAACCUCAUGAGGAGGGCCUCUCCCGCGCAGUGUAGCUUUUCACUGAUCCAAUACCUAUAAAUGUGAAACUCGCUAGCUGUGACUGUCUGUAGCCAGCUUACCUCUGUUUUUAGAAACCCUCCAGGCUAAACUAGUGCUAUGUGUAGAGCAGGGUCUGAGGAAUGGAGCAUAAUGCAGUCCUCCUCUCUCCUGCUUCUACCCCAGUGUCAUGCUCCACUUUCUCAGGUGUGCAUUAGGCAUAACACAAAUCCAUUGGCUGGACAGCUCCCUUAAAGAAGAACUUUGGCAAAAAUAAACGUAUCCCUUAUCCACAGAAUAGGGUACAAGUAGCUGAUCAUGGGGGGUCCAACCGCUGGGACCCCCCACGAUCUCUGGGAUGGCACACAGCUCUGUGAGGAGCGUGUGCUGCAGGCGGCACGCGCUCCAUUCUUUUCUAUGGGAGUGCUAAAAAGACAAGUCCAGCACUCGGGCAUCAUCGGCGCUCCCAUAGAAGUGAAUGGACCGCAUGCAGUCUACCAUUAGACGACUUGCGCUCCUCACAAUGGUUGAACCCCCGCGAUAGGGGAUAAGUUAACUUUUGCUGAAGUUCUCCUUUAAUAAUUAUAAACAUUCCCUUUUGAAAAUAUGCUUCAAAAGCAAAGUGUCCCUACAAGAAACCCUGAAGGAUUUAGCCAGCACUCCUCCAUGAUGAUUCUGCAUCACUUUGUCUUUUCCCUCUUUCCCCUUCUUUGCAGAUGUGUUAUUAAAUAAGGGGACAUGAUGGCUACAAAAACACCAGAGGGGGUCAAUAGGGAGAACUCAGCAGCAAAGUGUGUGUGGGGGAAGUUUAGGCCGUUCCUAUUCUUGCUUGUAGUCAUGCUGUCGGUAAAAGGAGCUUUUUUUCCCCCCUCUUUCCUCCAAUUCCUUUUUAAGGGUCACAAGUGUCCUGGCCGACAGUCCUGUUUUAUGUCACAGCACAGAUUUCACUUUUUAACUAUUUAAUAUAUAAAGUUUGCUCUUGUUGAAACACAAACUGUUCUGCACAGUUAAAACUUACAAAAAAAAAAAAAAAUACAACUCUGAAUGUCACCGUUUAUUCUUUUUCUGUUUCCAGAUGAACUUGUGAUUUUGAUUUAUCGACAUGUGUAUGUAAACUAGUUUUGCCAAAAUAGCUUUUUUUUUUUAUUUUUUUUUUUAUUUAGCUCCAUGGGGCCCUGCAGCAUUGUUUUGCUGUUUUCUGCCACAGGAUGUUCUUUUGUUGUCACAUUCAUGUUUCUUUCUCCUUGAGGCCUUCCUUCUGGUUUAUAGUAAUAGUUUUAGUUAAUGCUACAGGGCUAUAUUGAGGAAUGCCUGGGAUGGCCCAAGCCUCACGCAUUCCGUAAUCUAGUGUGCGUUUUAAGAAGAAAAAAAAUGCACUAUUCGAUUUUUACCCCCGUUUGCUUAUACCAACACACAACUGACUUUCUGCCUAAGAGAAGCUACCUCAAGGUGUUAAGUGCUUUGCAAAUUUUUUUCACCUGUGAAUGCGCCCCACGUGUUCACCCUACUGGUCGUUUUUGUCUUGCAUUGAAAUUUACCUGUCAUUAGAGCACAAAAGGAGGUGGCGCUUUUGUUUAAUGCGCAAUUAUUCAGCUCAUGAGUUGUUAGAAUGGUCCGGUCACCAGGCAGGCUCCUUUUUGGUGCUUAAUCUAAGCUGAGUUGGUGGUUGUUCUCCAGCUGCCCUAAUGGAGUUUUACAUGGCUAGAAAAACAUGUUUGCUUUUUUUUUUUUCUUUUCUUAAAGGGGUACUCCAGUGAAAAUCUUUUUCUUUUAAAUCAACUGGUGG